AUGGCGGUCGAACCUGAGCGAGUUAUGAGGAAAAGAAAGCACAAAGUUGACAGAGGAGCACAUCGGAAAUUGGGUGUUGAUCAAAAAGUUGAGGUGAAGAGUGUUGAAGAUGGAUUUUUGGGUUCGUGGCAUUUGGGUACUGUGGUUAGUUGUAGUGAUUUGAUUCGUGAAGUUGAAUAUGAGUUUAUAUGGUCAGAGCGGGGUUCUGGCAAAUUGGUUGAAGUGGUAAACAUUUCUCCAAUAAUUGAUGGGGUCCUACCUGAUGAUGAACGGCCAGUUCAUCAAUGUGGUAUGAUCAGGCCAUCGCCACCUCCUUGUGAAUUUGGCAGCUGGCCUUAUGGUCAGUGUGUCGAUUGCUUCUACCAAGAUGCGUGGUGGGAGGGUGUAUUAUUUGACCGUGAGGAAGGUCAUGAGGAGAGAAAGGUCUUCUUCCCAGAAUUGGGUGACGAAAUGAAGGCAAAGAUAGACAAGUUGCGUAUAUCUCAAGACUGGGAUGAGGUUACAGAAGUAUGGACGCCCCGUGGCUCAUGGACUUUUCUUCAAGUGAUUGAGGAAAUUAAGAAGCUAAACCCACUCUUAGUUUCGGUUAAACAAAUUUGGUAUGAAGUGCAGCUGAAGGAUGAUUUUGAUGAACAUCUCAAGCAGUGGACAUCUUCUUCGAAAGAUAUUUGGAGGAAACUGGUGAAGGAAGUUGUGCAUGACAGUACAAAGUUAACUGUCAAGCAUUUUCUUUCUGAACUGAACUCCUCACAGAUCUUUGGAGAGGGAUGUCAGUCGCUCGAAUUUUCAGAACCUGCAUUUAUAGCUGAACUGAACCCUAAAGUGUACUUUGCACCCUUUACUGAAGCUGCUUGUACAUUAGAUAGUGCGGCCACACUGCCUAUGGAUCAGGAUCUUUCCGAUCUUCAACCUGUAGAAAAGCUAUUUGUUUCGGAGGAGUCUGCAUCUGCCGCAGAGGAUGUUCAAAUGACUGGUAUUUUGUCCAGUACUGAGAGUGAACUACCGACUUUUGCGAAUUCUAAGCGUGGCAGGGGGAGACCUAGAAAACUCAAGAAGAUAUUCAAGGGACGGACCCGGGUUGGUGAACCUGACUCUUGUCGAGGGGAAAACUCGACAAAAACAAUUAAGGAGAAGAUAUUCGAGGAUGUUUCCCCUCUUCAACAGCCUGUGGAUCAGGAUGUUCCUAAUCUUCAACAGCCUUUGGAUCAGGAUAUUUCAGAUCUUCAACCGGUAGAGAAGCAAUUUGUUUCAGAGGAGUCUGCACCUGCCACAGAGGAUGUUCUAUUGAGUGGUAUUGAUAUUUAUAGUUCAUUUCCUCGAAUAUUCGUCUGUAUCACCACACAUGAUUUCUAUGUUUUACUUCUGCCUAUUGAUGACAUUGCAGGUAUUUUAUCCAACACCAAGAGUCAGCCACUGACUAUUGCGAAUUCUAAGGCUUGCAGAGGGAGACCUCGUACAAAGAGGAAGAUAUAUGAGGGGCAGACUGUGGUUGGUGAACCUGCCUCUUGCCCAGACACAACCUCAACAGCAACAUUUAACAAGCCACCUAGUGAUGAGACUGCGGGUAUUUUGUCUAGUACCACACAGACUUUGGAGAAUUCUAAGCCUCGCAGAGGGAGACCUCCUAAAAGGAUGAAGACAUUGAGUGAACCUGACUCUUGCCCAGAAGCAACCCUGAUAAAAGAAUUAAAGAAGCCGACUAGUCAUCAGAUUGCUGGUAUUUUGUCCAAUGGCAAGUGUGUGAAUUCUAAGAGUCGCAGGGGAAGACUUGCUACAAAGAAGAAGAAAUUUGUUCGGCAGUCACUGUCUGUUGAACCUGACUCUCGCCUAAAAGUAAUAACUAAGUGUAUGCCAUCUAUGUCCUCCAUAAAAAAAUUUAAGAAGCAUCUGUUAUGGACGGGCUGGAAAUUUGAACUCAAAAGGGAGGGUGGUAAGGUUAAGAAAAGUUAUGUUGCUCCAAAUGGAACGGUAUGUGCAUCAAUUAGUGAAGUUUGCCAGGUGUUGGAAGAGUCAAAAAUAUGUGAGGUAGUUCCCCCAGUUGAACAAAGUAGUUUACAUGGUGACACUGAUAACUCCACCCAGUCUCCUUGUAUGGAAAGACCAACAUGCAGAGAGGUGCCUGAGUUGCAUAAAGAAACAAUUGCUGAGACUGAAGAAAUAAAAAAAAGAAUUGAGCUUGAAGAAGAGCUUGAAGAAACAGAGAUUCCGCAGCAAGAAACAGGAAUUCAGAAUGAAGAAAUAAAUACUGAGCCUGGAGAACCAAGAAUUGAGCCUGAAAUCUGCCGCCAAGCUGUAAUUGACUAUUGUUUACCGAAAUCUCAAGACAUUUCUGCCUAUCAGAAGUCCUAUAGAAAUGGGGUGAAGAUAGGGGAUACAACCCUAAAGGCUAAGAAUUACCUAGUUUCAAUUGGAUGGAAAUUAAUUCCUGCUGGGAAGAAUGACAAGAGAAUUCGUUACUGUUCUCCAGAAGGAAAAACUUUUCUGUCUUUUCGGGAAGCUUGCAAAUGGUGUGUGAAAAAGUGGGAAGCUGAAAGCCACUUACCAGAACAAGUGUCUUCCCAGUCAGCAGUGGUGGAUAAACCUCUGAUCUCCCUUUUAAGGGAAUCAAGAAAGAAGAGAAAGCAUGCGGAUGUAAAAUCCAGACCUUCUCUCAAAAAAGGAGAUGGUGAUAUGCGAUCAAGUAAAAGAGCUCGAAAGGUGGCUCCUUCUUCCUCUAAUCAAAUACCUCGAACAGUUUUAUCUUGGUUGAUAGACAAAAAUGUGGUCCUGCCGCGUGCUAAGGUAAAAUAUUGCGAAAAGAAGAAUGGCAAUCCAAUGGCAGAAGGGCGGAUAACUCGUGAAGGAAUCAAAUGCAAUUGCUGCCAAAAAAUAUUUGGUCUUCGUAACUUUGAAGCUCAUGCUGGGAGCAUCUGUAAUAGACCUUCAGCAAAUAUAUAUUUGGAGGAUGGAAGGUCUCUUCUCGAGUGUCAAAUGCAGAUGAAACACAAACAUAGUAUAGAAAACAAAGAGGGUAGCCAUUUUACCGAAAAUGACUAUAUAUGUUCUGUGUGUCAUUAUGGUGGUGACUUAAUACUCUGUGAUGGAUGCCCUUCUUCAUUUCAUCCUGAUUGCCUUGGGGUUAAGGUAUCUCUUUCAUACUGUUAUAUUGUGUAUUUCUUUUUCUUAAUCUUCAAUCAAAAAGCCAAUUGCUUUAUUUUGCAUUUGUUUAAACAGGAGGUUCCAGAUGGUGACUGGUUUUGCCCAUCAUGCUGUUGUAAAGUGUGUGGUGAGAGCAGAUUUGAUAAAAACAGAAAACAAUUUACAGAUAACACCCUUCUCAUUUGUUGUCAGUGUAACCAUAAAUAUCAUGCUCAGUGUGUGAGAAACAACGGUCUUGAAAAACUGGAUGAUUUUCCUGUAGGAAAUUGGUUGUGCAACAAAAGUUGUAAGCUGAUAUGUUUGGGUAUGCGUCAGCUCCUGAAGAAAUCGGUUAUAGUGGGUAAUGAUAACCUCACCUGGAGACUGUUGAAAUAUACAGAACCUGAUGAUGAGUCCAGUGUGGAGAUCUAUAGCCGACUUUGUGUCGCUUUGAAUGUGAUGCACGACAGCUUUGAACCGGUCAAAGAACGUCUCACGGGGAGAGACAUCGCCGAAGAUGUCAUAUUCAGUAGAUGGUCCGAGCUGAACCGGUUAAAUUUCCAAGGCUUCUACACCGUACUGUUGGAAAGAAAUGACGAACUCAUUUCAGUAGCGACCGUAAGGGUUUAUGGAGAGAAGGUGGCAGAGAUCCCACUUGUUGCAACACAAUUUCAGCACCGCCGACUUGGAAUGUGUCGCAUUUUAUUUAAUGAGCUUGAAAAGACACUCGCGGGAUUAGGAGUUGAGAGGCUAGUAUUGCCAGCUGUCCCUGGUGUCCUAAACACAUGGACCACUAAAUUUGGUUUCUCAGUUGUGAAACAAUCAGAGAGAGCAAACUUCUUUGAUUACACUUUCCUUGAUUUCCAGGGUACGAUAAUGUGCCAGAAGAUCCUUGAAAAGACCCCUGCCAAAGCCCAGCAAACACAUGUCGACAAUACAAACAGCAAAGACAACGUUGAAUCGGAUGACAAUGUUGCUGUUUCCGAGGUGUUUCAAGCGACACAAAUUGAGGGUUGUGCAACUGUGGACCAAGGACAUGUGGGGUAUAAAAUGUCAUUCCAUAGUAAUAAAUUUCUUAGUUAUUGGAUCCUUGUCAUAAUUAACCAUCAUUUGUUAUUUUUAACAGGUUAACCAACAAGCUUGAUCAACCUUAGCAGCCUACCUUGCCAGUGAUCAUCGCAAUGAUAGUGGCCUGG